AUGAGGCAUCUUUGGUUCGAAAGUCUGGCGAUUCUGAAGAUUCAUUGGAGAAUAAAAGAUGAAAAAGAUGACCCUGAUAAAGAUACAUUGACUUCUGCUGGAGGGUGGUGGAAACUGCUUCAGAGGGCCAACAAUCAAAACGAGGCAAGAUGUCUACACCGAAAGAGCCCAAAAGCGGAGAUGAAGAUGAUGAGAAAUGAGAAACAUAAAUCAAAGGAAGGCAGAAAACCCAGCACAUGA